UAAUGACCCGGAAGUGCUCGUCCUAUGCGUGAUUGUGUUUUCAAUGAAAUCCGGCUGAUUCAUUGCAGGCUGCACCACAGUUAGUACGAAAUAUCUCCGCUUUGAGGACUUUUUACGGCAUCCUGACAGAGUCAUGGACCGGUUGCUGAGACUUGGUGGUGGGAUGCCUGGUCUGGGACAGGGUCCACCAACAGACGCCCCUGCAGUAGACACAGCUGAACAGGUCUACAUCUCCUCUUUGGCUCUGCUCAAGAUGUUGAAACACGGCCGAGCCGGGGUCCCCAUGGAGGUCAUGGGUCUCAUGCUGGGAGAGUUUGUGGAUGAUUACACCGUGCGAGUGAUCGACGUGUUUGCCAUGCCCCAGUCUGGAACGGGAGUGAGUGUGGAGGCCGUGGACCCUGUUUUCCAGGCGAAGAUGUUAGACAUGCUGAAGCAGACGGGACGGCCCGAGAUGGUGGUCGGUUGGUACCACAGUCAUCCGGGGUUCGGCUGCUGGCUGUCCGGCGUGGACAUCAACACACAGCAGAGCUUUGAGGCCCUGUCAGAAAGGGCCGUCGCUGUGGUGGUGGACCCCAUCCAGAGCGUCAAAGGAAAGGUGGUCAUCGAUGCCUUCCGACUCAUCAACGCCAACAUGAUGGUUUUGGGACACGAACCGAGGCAAACGACAUCAAACCUCGGCCAUCUGAACAAGCCGUCCAUUCAGGCGCUGAUCCACGGGCUGAACAGGCACUACUACUCCAUCACCAUCAACUACAGGAAAAAUGAGCUGGAGCAGAAGAUGCUUCUGAACCUGCAUAAGAAGAGCUGGAUGGAAGGCCUGACGCUGCAGGACUACAGUGAGCACUGCAAGCUCAACGAGACCAUAGUGAAGGAGAUGCUGGAGCUGGCCAAGAACUACAACAAGGCUGUAGAAGAAGAAGACAAAAUGACUCCAGAGCAGCUGGCCAUCAAGAACGUUGGGAAACAGGAUCCCAAGCGGCACUUAGAGGAGCACGUGGACGUCCUCAUGACGUCGAACAUCGUUCAGUGUCUGGCGGCCAUGUUGGACACAGUCGUCUUUCAGUGACGCGCCUUUCUUUCUCUGCUGUCGAGUUUCUUCGGGAAUAAACUUGUGUAUAAAGCCUUGCGGUUGAAAUUGCCUCCCUUCCCUGCCUGUAUAACGAUCAGGAGAGUCGACUUACUGAUAUAUACUACAUAUAUUCAGUGUAACAAAGCAGAUUGGAGCUGAGAUGGUGUGGAAACCUGCCGCAUUCAGUCCAACUGAAGGUGUUUCACACUCAUUCUCACUUGCUAUUCUGAGCAGGUGUGUCUUAUUUUGGUUAUUUUGCUUUUUUUUUUUUUUAAAAAUUUAUCUUAAUUUGCUCACCUCAAAAAUAUGAGCCUCAUAUCCAGUACAGAAGACGUACUGGUUCAUCUAAUAUCUGUUGCCCUCAGUGUUGGGGUUUUGGUUCAGUUUGUCCAUGUACCUUUUCCUCAAUGGAUCCUACAGAUGCCAUAUUUGACACCUUUUUUUAAUGCCCUUUUCUCCUCCAUGUACGUUCUGAUGUUUAUUAUGACGAAUAAAGACAUUCUACUUAAAACUUCGCAAAAAGAACCUUUUUGUGACACUUAAGACUCAGUGAUUGACACAGUCCUUUUGGCCUGCCUAUAAUGGUACUGAAAUAAUUUUAAUAACUGACCAACGGAAAGCAUCAGAUAAUGCAGUUGAGUCCAA